CCGUGCAUAGCUGUCCACCCCUGCGAUCACAUGGAUGAUGACGUAGCACUCGCGAACCUUCUCUCCUUGCUGGAGGGAUCUGGCCUUUCAGAAGAUGCUGCACGAAAGGCCUUACGCCAGUCGCACGGCAACGUGGAGAUGGCCAUCUGUCGGCUCUUCUCGGGCCAUUUCGACGACGCGCAGGGUGUGAUUGACAUCGAUGGAGACGAUUCUGGAUCAGGUGCUGCUCCCGGCGGUGCUGCUCCCAGUGGUGCUGCUGCCCCCGGUGGUGCUUCCAGUUCCAAGAAGAGGGCGCGUCCGCCGAAAGAGAAGCGGAACGAGAAAGGUUCCAAAGCAAAGAGUCGCAAGUCUUCGGAUCAGAAGUUGCCUGCAGGAGGCUCUCAAGAGACCCUGCCGGCCAGUGAGAGCGAGGCCCUCCCUGCGGCUUCCAGGCCCCUCCCUGAGCGGUCCGAAGAGCAGGAGGAGAACGACCAUCCCAUUCCGGAGAACGUCAAGGCUGAGUUUGACCGACUGGGCAAAGGUUGGGAGAUAGCGCACAAGGACGCAUGGAAGAAGGUGGACUUGAACCUGGGUGCUGUUGCUUGGGCCAAGGAGGUUCUGGGGAAGGACCCGCCUUGCUUGCAACUGGGCCAAAGCGACGUUCCAAAGGCAUGUCAGAGCCGUGGCGAAAUGCAUUGCGGAGCGGAGGUGAAUGCGCGGCCGAAGCAAGAUAAGUUUGACAAGAUGUUCAAGAUCAUGGGAGAACAUCACGUGGUGGUCAACAAGAAGCUCUUGUCGGAACUCUUCGCGUCCAUGCUGUCAGAGGUGCGAUAUCCUCCAAGCACCAUGACUUUAAGUUGGAGGGCACGACCCAUACAGCCGCAAGAGAUCUCGCGACCGGCGCCCAAAGACCUCACAGGUUCAGUUCCAGAGCGACCCUUCAAACUCUUGGACAACGGCAGCGAUGUGGCCGCUGACCAACCACCGCACUUCCGGAGCUUUCCUUUGAGACCGGAACAACAAAGGUCUCUACAGUGGAUGGUGUCUCGAGAGAAGCUUGCCGAGGGUGAAAUAUUUUCGGUGGAGUGGAGACGCUUUUGGACCACCUGGGAAAGAAACAAUCUGGAGGGCUGCAACGACCAAUUUGUCCCUGAUGCUUUGGUGGAAGUGCUUCCCACGGCGCAGGGGCCUUUCCUGCAGGAGAGCAGCCCGGUGCCGGUGAAUCGGCUCCAGAGGCGGCGAGGGAAGGUGAUGUCCAGGGAUGGCAACUACGUCAUGGUGAAUUUCGCUGGCCCCUUUGAGCGAAUCAGGUGCAUUGCACAGGACCUGAGCUUUGUCGAUACAGAGGAAAUGCGACCGGGCACCAAAGUCAUGCUGAAACCAGAUCUCAAGGCGCCUGCAUUUGGCUGGGGCGGUGUCACCCAUCAGAUGGUGGGGAUCUUCCUGAAGAAGCUGGAUUCCACGGUGGUGCAGAUUCGGUGGCCCAUCCACGCCGGAUGGAAGGGAAAGAUCGAUGAGAUACGGAGAGCGGAUCAACAUAUUGGCAACAACACUGCUCCAUUUGUGUUGGACCUUCGAAUCCGAGCAGCGUAUCCGGUGCACGGCGGGAUUCUGGCAGACAAGAUCGGCUAUGGCAAGACGGCCACCACUAUAGCCUUGAUCGAUCGGCAGUUGAAGGAGCCCCUGCCGCCCAUUCCGCAGGUGGACCGUGGGAACUUUCUGCCAGCCAAGGGCACGCUGAUCGUCGUUCCUUCCAACUUGUUUGACCAGUGGUUGAACGAAAUUUCCAAGUUCCUCUGGGAUGGAAGACCAUUGCGGCAACACAUGCAGGGAGGAUGGUCGCGUGAGAAUUGCCCUCUGAAGAUCUUUGCCAUGUCCAACGUGUCGCCACUGGGGAGAGCCAAGGCCAGUGAUGUGGCUGAUGCUGACGUGGUGAUUUGUUCCUACCGACUUCUCUACUCCCAGAUCUACCUAAAGAGACGGCAGGAGAUCACCAACAACAGUUCUCGUCUAUCCCACCUGCGGGGAAAAGUGAAUGGCCUGAUGCAGGGUACACAUUCCAUGGUAAGUGGCAGAAAAAGCGGCUGCUCUGUGAACGACUGGAAGGAGCUGGAGUUCCCCGUCUUGGAGAUGUUCUAUUGGAGACGCAUUGUUUUCGAUGAGUUUCACGAGUUGGAGAGCUUUGAAAGCGCCCAGCAGAACAGCUUGCAAUUCCUCCGUGCGCACUUCCGUUGGGGCUUGACCGGCACGCCACCGGUGGACAACAAUGCAGGCGUGAUUUUCAUGUCAUCACUCUUCCGCAUUGAUCUCCCGGGCUACCUGGCAGACGGCUUCCAGGGCGGACGUGCCACUGGACCCGACUUGGAGGACUGGGAGUCGGAUCGACUCCUGACAGAGUCUGCCGCGCGAUUCCUGGAUGACUAUGUCCGACAGAACACGGCAGAGCUUCCCCACAUUCGACUUGAGGAGCACGUGGUACAAAUCAACCACACUGCUGCAGAGCGGGCUUUGUAUCUGGGUCAAGCACAUGAAGCGCCUGACUACAAUGGCGAUGAUGCCUUCCGCUCAGAGGAAAAUGUUUCCGCGCUCGAGCGUUUGCUGAAGCUUUGCUCCCACUUUCAGGUUGGCGGGGCCGAUGAAAUUCAGAAUGCCAACGAAGAAUGUGGACGCAUCUCCGACCAGAAAGAACGACGACUGGUGCGUGCAAGGAACCAGGUGAGACGUUGUGCCCGUGUCAUCAUCCUGCUCCAGCGUCUGUUGGACAAGAGGAGCAAGAAACGGAAGAUCGCGUGGAGCGCUGAAAUCGACAAGAUGAAGGCCAAGCUGAAAGCAGAGGGCACCGCGGCCAAAGAGCUUGUUGAGGAUGUGGAGAAGGAGGAGGAAGCAGCUCGGCGCGAAGCCCAUGAGGAUUUCUUAUCGUACUUGGACGGUCAUCGCCCGCGCAGUGAGGAGAUGAUUCAAAGCCUUGGAUGGGUUCAACCGAAACGAGGUGUCAUCGAGGAUUGGAAGAUCUUCAUGGAGUCCUCCAUGGAGGUGGCGUCGUUGGAGAAGAUGCUGAUCUCACAGGGGGGCGAACAGGCCCAGAAUCUGUGGGAACUCCACGAGGCCGGAAGUUCCAUGGACUUCUUCAAACGCACCGUGGCGGCCUUGGCCAAGGGCAAGCCCGAGGAUCGAAUUUGCAACGUGUGCAUGGAAGAAGACCUUCCACUUGCUCGUUUGGCAAUCACUCCUUGUGCUCAUGCGUUUUGCAUUGGAUGCCUCAGAGAAAGCGUGGCAAAGUUCAGCAAAUGCAGCCUUUGUCAACGACCGUUACAACAAAAAGAUGUCCGGCCAUUGGUCAGCGAGUUGGAGGAGAAGUGUGAGAAAAAAGAGCCUGAACCAACUCCCCACCUCUCCUCUCGAGGUGUGCGGUUGGACAAAUACGGAACGAAGUUGGCAGUGCUUGUCAACAAGUUGCAUGAGCUUCGACGCCAAGACGGUGAAGCCAAGGUGAUUUUGUUCGUGCAAUUCGACGACCUGAAACGAAAGGUUUGUUCUGCUCUGAGAGAAUUUGGGAUUCCUUGUACAACGCUCCAGGGUGGAGUCGGAACGCGUGCGGGGAUCAUUCGAGAUUGGCAGAACAACCCGCAGUCCGAGACGUUUGUGUUGCUGCUAUCAUUGGCGCAGUCUGCUUCAGGUACCAACUUGACCGCCGCCAGCCAUGUGGUCUUCCUACAUCCCAUGUUGGCACCGAAUGCGGAGCGAGCCGUGGGGUAUGAGAUGCAGGCCAUUGGUCGUGCGCGCCGUCAUGGGCAAAAGCGCAGUGUGGUGCACGUGUGGCGAUUUGUGACCGCUGACACGUUGGAGCAGAAGAUCACGGAGGUCCAUCAGGGAGCUCUGUGGAGAGUGGAACAGGAACGUCAGGCACGUGAGGCUCGAAAUGCAGCAGCCGAGAGCUGAGUGAUGAAUCUCUGAAACCAACGAUCUGUGCGACCCUGAUGUGAA